AUGGACCCUGACUGUCUGGAACCUGACUGUCUGGACCCUGACUGUAUGGACCCUGACUGUAUGGACCCUGACUGUCUGGACCCUGACUGUCUGGAACCUGGCUGUAUGGACCCUGACUGUCUGGACCCUGACUGUAUGGACCCUGACUGUCUGGACCCUGACUGUCUGGAACCUGACUGUCUGGACCCUGACUGUCUGGAACCUGGCUGUAUGGACCCUGACUGUCUGGACCCUGACUGUCUGGACCCUGGCUGUAUGGACCCUGACUGUCUGGACCCUGACUGUAUGGACCCUGACUGUAUGGACCCUGACUGUCUGGACCCUGACUGUCUGGAACCUGGCUGUCUGGACCCUGACUGUCUGGACCCUGACUGUCUGGAACCUGGCUGUAUGGACCCUGACUGUCUGGACCCUGACUGUCUGGACCCUGACUGUCUGGAACCUGGCUGUAUGGACCCUGACUGUCUGGACCCUGACUGUAUGGACCCUGACUGUCUGGACCCUGACUGUAUGGACCCUGACUGUCUGGAACCUGGCUGUAUGGACCCUGACUGUCUGGACCCUGACUGUAUGGACCCUGACUGUAUGGACCCUGACUGUCUGGAACCUGGCUGUAUGGACCCUGACUGUCUGGACCCUGACUGUCUGGACCCUGACUGUCUGGAACCUGGCUGUAUGGACCCUGACUGUCUGGACCCUGACUGUCUGGAACCUGACUGUAUGGACCCUGACUGUCUGGACCCUGACUGUCUGGACCCUGACUGUCUGGAACCUGGCUGUAUGGACCCUGACUGUCUGGACCCUGACUGUCUGGACCCUGACUGUCUGGACCCUGACUGUAUGGACCCUGACUGUCUGGACCCUGACUGUCUGGACCCUGGCUGUCUGGAACCUGACUGGCUUAUAAACUGCCUCUGA